GAAGCAAAGAAAUAACGAUUUUCCGAUAUCUAAAAUUAUGGCUUUUUAAUCCAAAUCUAAUUCAAUAUCUAUCGACUUGCGAAGUUUUUCUUUAUGAAAAGAUUCGAGGCAGAGUUUAACUGCAAAACAUGAUCUAAGCCUCCCCUAGACUGUAGUGAGUACAGGACCAGGUGGGAUGCUCUUGCUCAGUAGUCAGUAGUGUGGAAUCUAUACCCAGAGAAGUAUGUUAGUGAAAUAUUUUAGUAUAUUUUUCCAAAUCCAUGACUGGUUCAUAUCUUUGCAGUGAAAACAUGAUUAAACUGUGAAAUUAGGUUGGUUUAGAGCUUUAACAGCUCAUAGAGAAACCAGUUUGUUGUUUACAAAAUAAGAAUGGACGGAUACAGAUCUGGGAAAAGACAUUGUUCCCACCGUUCAAGGGGACAACAGAAGGAACGAAGAGAACCUGUGAAAAAAUCGGCUGCAAGUUUGCUUGAUAUAGCAGCCAAGUUUGUAGCUAAAACCCUCCCGUUCCAAAGAAUCGAGGAACGGUUCCCGCGUAUUCCAGAGCCUGUUCAGGAACGCCUGGUUUUCUGGGCGUUCCCACGAGAUGAGCGGGAUAUUCGUAUGUACAGCUCCCCCUGCGGAAACACCGCGAACGCGUUGGAGUACCAGAACUCCCCUUUUUGCCAGGGGUUAAGGUUACUGGAGCAGGGAGCUGUUUCAAGUGUUCUUCAAGUCGGUUUUCAUCUUUCCGGAGAAGUAAUUCCUGGUCGAUCCUCUCAAACCUGCUCCGACCCUGAAACUAGGUUUAAGGUUUCAGUUAGCUUUGACAGAUGCAAGAUAAUCUCUGUGACCUGUAGCUGUAACUCUAGAGACAUAUUCUGGUGCCAGCAUGUGGUUGCUCUUGCCGUAUACCGGAUACGGAACACGGAGAAGGUUCCGGUCCGGGUUCCGAUCAGUGAAACCCUGCUCCAGAUGAACCGGGAGCAAUUACAGAAAUUUGUUCAAUAUCUUAUAUCAUCCCAUCACACAGAGGUUUUGCCCACCGCCCAAAGACUCUCAGACGAAAUUUUGCGUAAAUCGUCGGCGAUCAAUCAGAUUCCCGGCGCCCCCGAUCCUACGGCGGGUCAGGACGCUGAGGAAGAGAACUCCUGGCAUCUUGAUGAGGUUCAGGUUCAGGAUCAGGUUAAGGCGUACCUGGAGCAGGGAGGAUAUUACUCGGCGUCUAAACACCUCACACAGAUGUUUGCCAAGGUACGUGAGAUGCUCCGGGCCCAGGACAGUAACGGGUCCAAGAUGCUCUCCUUGAUGACGGAGCAGUUCCUAGCCGACCCUAGACUUGUUCUCUGGCACUCUCAGGGUACACCUAUGACUGAUAAAUGUCGUCAGCUCUGGGACCAACUAGGUUCUCUCUGGGUUUGUGUAGUACUUAACCCAGUAUCAGGGUCUGCUGAAAGAACGGCCUGGAGACAAAUGCUCAGCAAGUGGACCAAGAUUGAAGUCUGUCCCCUGGAGGACCCAGAUUACAAACCAUCCUCUCGGAGACGACAAAUCUCAGGGACAGACGGAGAAGAGUCUGAUUCUGCUCCGUCCUGCUCCUCCCGUCCUCCAAUCCUUGGACCUGACCCCACCACAGUUCACUGCUCUAGGAGGAAACCUAGAACCGUGUUCCACAAGGCCUUGGACGCCCUGCAGAUGAACUGGCAGGAUCAACAUCUUAAACGUCUUAUCCGAGGAAAAACUUUAGACUACUGUCCGAAGAAAGAGAAAUGUGAAGACGAUGUUGAGAGUUUGCUGUGGCACGAGCACGUUCCAACAGCGUGUGCGCGUGUGGACGCGCUUAGAUCUCAUGGAUAUCAUUGUGAAGCUCUACGACUGGCUGUGUCUAUCGUGAGAACGAUGAAGAGAAACCAGGAGCUUGCUAUUGCACAUUGGAGGAAACAGUCUCAGAAGAUCUUGAAAAAUUGCACUAAAUCGGGGGUUGCUAGACGUCCAGGAUAUGCUUCUUGGGAGGGUUGGAUAGGUCACCCUAUGGAUCCAAUCGGAGCUCUUUUUGAGACAUUAGCUGAAGCCUCUUUAAUCCCGGAAGAUCGAGGACGAAUGGGAUUUCAUCUGGACGAUCCAACCCAGGAAGAGGGUGUUGUUCCACCCCCACCUCUACGCUACAGACAUGUUCGUAUCUCCGGGAGUAAAGAUCGUGAUGAAACCUACCUAACCCUGGCCGUAGAAGCUGCUCUACUAGGGAUGGGACAACAAAGUAUUAUGCCUGCAGGGCUUUACAGCCAGGAGAAGGUUAUACGACAGGAGGAGAAAUUAAUUCAAAGAAUUGGAGAGAUACAAUUGGAUCCAACACUCAUCUCAGUCUUGUGCAGACAGGCUGAGCUUCUCCUAGAGAUGGGUCCUUCUUCAUCCCUUGGCUGUGGAAUCCAUCCUGAAUCCUCUCCGGUUCAUGCAUUCUCAAAGUUCCUUUUUCUUGCCAUCCUUCCACACAAUCCAGAACUAGCCUUUACGGUUGGGAAGAAGGCGAUCCGACUCCCGAUCCUGGAUGAUAACAAGGACCCGGAGGAGAAGGAGAGCAACGCUGCUGCCUUAGUAAUGAGUCGGUUUCCUCGAUGGUUCACACUCGGACAUAUCGAGAACCAACAGUGCUCUCUUGCAUCAACUCUUAUCAUAGCUGCCAAAGAUAAUAUAAAUCAAUUGACCGGAAUCUUGGACGCUGCACAGAGACAUGUUCACUCCUCGUCUCAUUUAUUUAAAUUAGCGCAGGAUGCGUUCAGAUAUGCUGUACCGACUGACGCACCGCGGCAUCCUGCGCUCCUCAACGUUUCUUUUCAACUUGGACUUCAGGUCAUGCGUUUAACGAAGACGACAAUGAACUGGAGACGGCGGGAGAUGGUUAGAUGGUUGGUGACCUGUGCUACGGAGGUUGGGUUAGAUGCUUUACUUUCAAUAAUGUCGAUGUGGAGUCAACUGUUUACACCGACAGAAGCGACAGGGCCUGUAGCGACAAGUGUAAUGUCUCACUCCACUGUGAUGCGACUAGGUUUAGAUUAUAGAAAGCAAGAAGAACUUUCUAACUGUGCGCGUACUCUUGCUCUACAAUGCGCUCAUGAAGAUCCUCCUAACUGUGCUUUAAACGCUCUCACCCUGUGUGAGACGGAUCCAAUUGCGUUUGAGACUGCGUAUCAGAUUGUCACAGACGCAGCUUCAAACGGAAUGACUUCAUCUCAGUUGUUCACAAUAGCGCGCUACAUGGAGCACAGAGGAUACCCCCACAGGGCGCACAAGCUUGCUCUCCUAGCGAUGAAGAACGUGAGUUUAUCAUAUAACCAAGACACACAUCCUGCCAUUACUGAUAUACAUUGGGCUUGUUCUCUCUCCCACUCCCUAGGGAAAACCGAACUGUCCGGCCUUCUCCCACUUGUGGUUCAGAAUGUCAAAUGCGCCACUGUCCUCUCUGACAUCCUCCGCCGCUGCUCCAUGACCUCCCCCGGUAUUCCAAGUCACGAGGCUAAGUCAAGAUCUAAAACCUCGCGACCUCUCUCCUACGACAGAUCCCCGCUCCGCCAGCUCCUUGAAUCCGCUCUAGCGGCGUUUGUAACAACAACUCAUUCCCGCCUGACCUCUAUAUCUCCCAGACAUUACUCUGAGUUCAUCGACUUUUUAACCAAAGCCAGGGAAACAUUUCUUUUGGCGUCAGACGGACAUAUUCAGUUUGUUCAGCUCAUUGACAACAUCAGGUCCGCGUACAAGGGGAAGAAGAAGCUCAUCACUCUUGUUAAAGAAAGGUUUUGUUAACCAGUGAGAUUCUCAUGUGAUAUAAUAUAUAUAUAUAUUAAUAUAUGUAUACAAUGUAUUGAGUAAUUUGGAGAUUUAUCGAUAUAUCCUGGUUUACGGCAUCUAUCUCUACUGGGUCCGUGACGUGAACUACUGUGAUAAUCUUCAUCCAGUUGUAUCUUUCAUAGCAAUAGCUCUCUAGCUAUGUGACUAUCUCUCUAUCUAACUCUCUGUUAAGAUCUCAGCCCUUCACUAAGAUAAACAUUAAGAACCCAGUGGUAGCUCUCUAAAAAAAUCUAGAAUAGUGCAAAUUAUUUCGCGAGUAUAUGUUUUUUCAACGUUUUUUUAUUAAGACUUAGAUAAUGCCAAAGUCAAUGUUUGAUUUUUUGCAUAGUUAUGAAUAUACAGUUUCUGUUGUAGUUAACAUAAACUACAUAUAGACCUAUAAUUUAUGUUCUCAAUUAGUAAAAUUAAACUUGAAUCCGUUUAUUUAUUUUUCUUUGAAACGUUCGUAUGUUUUCUACCGAUCCGUUCAGCAAUGAAAGCAGCAAAAAGUUUUCUGACGAUCUAGUUGGUUGGAGCAGACGAACCCGUUUCAGUUAUUCAUUCUGAACCUUGCUUUACAUCCUCCCAAGAUAGCUUGCUUUGUACAGACUUAUUUUAGUAUUUAUGUACGUAAUGUACAGAACAUUCUGUCACUUGAAAAUGUUAAUCAGACUGCCUGCAGUUCCUGUAUGAAAAUAAGUUUUAAUUUUAUAGUUCAAUAGUUUUUCCUUUUCGAAAAUUAGCCUUUGUCUAUUUCCAUAAUACGCAAACUGAUGUAAAUUUUGUUGAUACUAAGUGUUCUUAAAUACAUACAGCCUUCAAUUAAGAAUAAGAAUUAAAUAGUUUUUUGUUGUUAAAAUCUUGAACUUUUGCUGUGUUAAACUUUUAGGUUAAUUAAAUGUUAGUUUCUGCACACUGUACAGUGUACAUAGUGUUUUACAGUUCUAUGAUGCACUGUGCAAAACUGUGGUGUACAGUAUUGCACUGUGUUGUCUGCAUUCUUACUUAUUUAGUUAUAAAAUAAAAGAAAUACAAAAUAGA